AAGUGUGUAUAUACUGCUUAGGUCUGGAUUAAACCUAACGGCGAAAUGCCCUUCCUCUACGGCAAUCAUGUCCUCAAAGCACACCUUGGACGUAUCACAGAGGACACGCCAGAGCAUCAAGGAGUUAUUGUGUUUAGCAUGAAUGACAUACCAUUGGUACAUGUCAUCCAAUACCCGACGGCUCGUUUGGGGACUAACAUGCGCACACAGGGUUUUGGUGUCACCGCUCGGUCAACGGUGGACACACGAAAGUUAGACCCAACAGCCAUCAUUGUCUUCCACCAAGCGGACGUAGGAGAGUACCUCCGUGACGAAGAAACGUUGUUCUGAGAAGCAUGUGGUAUACAGCUCUUCACCCCUCGACUGCCCUGCUGGCUGUUUGGUUACGAAGUGCUCGCCCGGUGAGGCCACGCAGGCGAUGUCUAAGCCGACGCACAAAUUAUGAUAUCCUGCGCCAUAGUUCCCGACCACCGGUGUAUUUCCUUGUAUAAUUACGAUGUGCUGAUAGUACUUUGGAGUAUUCCGGGUAAAUCGCUCUGAGUCACGUUUAUUGGGACGAAUAUAGCGCGGGCGUGUAUCUAGCCGCUACGCGCCCACGUGUUGACACCAACGCUGCCCAAUACCAUCAUGGCAUCCUCAUUUACUGCUGCGACCUCGUCCGAAAAAGACCUCUGCAAGCUGUGGAUGGGACUAUCUGACGACCAAAUCACUCCUGAACUGAUUCGCCAGUGCCUGGAUCCGAUUACCGAUGACCUCUGGGUGACUGCCGCAUGCGCGGAGCGGUUACUGGAGGACCCUGUUGUGCAAAGAAGUCUACUCGAAACCGGACUCCAGCGUACGGAACCCGCUUUACACCGCAGCAGAGCGAUUUUCGAGGGCGAUGAAGAAGAGGAGGAGGAGGAGCGGUCGAGGUUGGACACGGAGGAACAGCGGAGACGGAACGCACUUGCCUCUCACUUCAAGGAUGAGCCUGCGGAUGCGCAGCUCUGUCGUUUGCGGGCCAUUCUGCUCUGUCGGCUGGAUAUUCUCAACACAUUUGUCCAGAUAUGCGAGCAGGCUCUACCAUUACAGGAGACUGAGACCGAUAGAGCUGACGAUGAAUGGGCAGAUGACCCAUGGGAAGACGCGGCUCUGGCCACAUCUUCAGCGUCCCAGACCAAGGUUUCGCUGCCACUAUUGCUCCCCGAAUUCCUGAAUAUUGGCCUUGUGGACCUCGCAUGUCUGCUCGCGUCUUUGGAAUUUUACGCCGCCGUAGGUGUUCUCGUACGCAGACAUGGCCUAUACCUAUGGCCGUACCGUUUCGCGAUCCUCGAGAACAUACCGGAGCAGGCACUGGCAUCCGAGUAUCGAGAGCUACUCCCGAAGAUCGAUGUUACGCUUAGGAGGGAGGUGAGUUAUCGAGCGGAACCGUGGAGGCCAGAGGGCGACCGGACAGAAGGUGUCAUACAUGCCGCCCUGGAAGCGAUAGAGAUUCCACAGCUUCUCGAGCUCCCACGAGAUACGGUCCAGCCAGUACCAUACUCCUCGCCUUUAAACGAAAACUCGCUCGUAGAAUGGUAUCAAGGACGAAUACAGCACAUCAUCUCCGUGACAGGCGCGCUCGAUAGUGCGCUCUCUUUGGUUCAGCAUGCCGCGUCACAAGGCCUCCAGGGACUCGACGAAAUUGCAGAAGAUUUACAGCUUCUCUCUCGAUUGAUCUACGAUGUCCCACAUUCUGAUGACUCUGCACUUCACGCCGAAUGGUCCCUUGAUUGGUGGAAGUCGCUGCCGCCAGCGGCCGCCGUCAACGCGUUCCUCGAGCACGCGACGCGCGAUAACGUGGCUAAGCUCGUGCAGAAGGUAGUGAACCCCUACCUGUUUGUCCUAGAAGCUAGGCAGGAGCGUCGGGGCCAUUCGGACCCAGAGCUACCUAGGCGGUUACUCUACGGUUACAUCUUACAAGCGCCCCUCGACAUUGUCGCAGGUGUCUUCGAAGCCUCAAAGCCUACUCUACCUCCAGCUCAGCGACUCCUACGGGAUGACGAGGAUAUGGCACGGUUGGCACUCUCGUGUCUUUAUGGCAGCGAUAAGCUGGAUGAGUGGCCGACCAUGAGCCAAAUAUUCGAAUGCCUCCCGGCCUGGAAUAUUACGGAGGACGAGGAUGUCGCAGACGAGGCGGAUACUACCAUGACUUCCCUUGCUACUUACCUCGUACCCUCAACGAGUCAACCAAGGGUUACCCCUGCCGACCUGUACAUAUUCUUCAGGCCGUUGCCAUUAACCGCGUUAUCAAGAGCCCUUGACUUCCUGGACGUCCACCUGGAAUCAGGCGAGAUUUUCUCCAGAUGGAGCGUGCCUACUCCACUCCGGUGGUUCCUGCAGAGUCGCGACAAUGUUUCCGAGCAGCGCGCUUGGGCGAACAGGAUGGCGCAUCGUGCAGGCGGAACGGAAGACAGUUUGCAAUCACAGGAAGAUUGGGAAUGGCUCUUGGAGGACAUGCUCAAGCUGUCCGGUUCCGGAGAGAGUGGGCUGAAGGGCGCAUUCUGUCUUCUUGGCCGGGAAGAAAUUCUGCGCAUCUUCCUGAGCGGUCUCCUUUCGUCCGGACAAUUUGGCGUCGCACGAAACAUGCUACGUUCGCAUGGGAAGAUUCUCAUGUUAGACCCUCUGGCGGUUGAAGAGAUCUGUCUCUCAGUGUCCCAGGAGUUUUACGACAACGCCACGUCUGGGAAUUACCACUUCGGUGACAUGAAACUGGCCUACGAAUGCUUGGACGUCCCUCGCCCAUCCGAACGCAUUCUUCGCGAGAAAGAGUUCAUUGAGGCAACAUCACGCUUAUGUGCAUACAACCUCAUGUCUCGCCCUGGGAUCCCAAUAACACCUAUCGAAAUCAGGCUGUCUAAGGAUCGUCUUUCGCUUGUCUCUCGCGUGCUAUCGAGUAAUGGCGAAGCGUACAAGCAUGUCCAAGUCAUUCUGGAGCUCGUCCACAAGCUAGGUCUCAGGGAUGAUGUCGUCGCAGAGGUCAAAACGCUAGCAAUGCUGACAGACACCGCUCUGAACGCGGACGACUUCGACCGCGCAUACGAGACGAGCGAGAUGAUGGUCGUGAAAGCUCAGGGCCUUAGGGCGACAUCCAGCGCUGAUGAUCCUAAAGUUCAGCAAGCAAGUGAAGUCAGUUGGGUCUCCUGCUUCCAGCUUGGCCGACACCCCGAAUUCGAGGACACGGACAAGAAGACUAUCAUGCUCGGCCGCGCGAUGGAACUCGCGCCCGCAGAGACACUUGGUGACGUUCUCUCUGCGUGGCAUCGCUUGGAAGCAGAAGAUCUUGCGCAGCGCCGCGAGAAGCGUCGCAGAGACACCCCUGCCAGCGACGGUUCCAGAAAGAAAGCUUCGACCCAAACCUUCGUCGCAUCCACGCUGGCUUCACGGCUUCAGCAACUUCAUAUGCCAGAUCUUCACAUGCCGUCUUCACCGUUGGCGCACUCUGAUGCAGCUGCGUUAGCUGGGAAAGCCUUCCAUAGCGUGGCAGCCAAUUUACCCUUCGGUGGAAGGGGUCGCUCAUUGUUCUCACAGCCGGGAGACAGGUCUCGGAGUUCGUCGAGAUUCGAGGGAGGCGAGGCGUCUGCUCAGGCAACUCGCGUGUUGCAGAAAGGUUUGGGUUGGCUGCUCGGCGACGAGAGUUGAGUUCGCGUGUCAAAUUCUAUCGUAUGUCGAUUAGCAUGUUUCGGCCUAACUCACUUCUGGUUCAAGUUAUCGUUGUAUGAAUUGUUGUGCAUGAGCAUACUUGCAUUGCAUGUACAAAACUAGAAAGCCCGAUAUGAAGAAUAAGAAGAGGAAAAAUAUGGUAUACUAGGGAGGUGCGUUGUUGAAGUAAAGGAGAGGUGGUGGGAAUGAUGGGGAGGAACAGUGCGAAAUCCUAAGUUACAUCUACUACAAACAACACUCCAACUGAACAGAGGGCAUACAUACCAAUAAACAACAGACAACAAAAGUCAAGAAAGAAUGAUAUAUGUGGGACAAUGCCCUCAAAGGUUGGCGAAAAAGAGCGAAAAUUAUACAACCAUCCAUUCUACAUUCGCUCUGUCGAUUAUGGUGAGAAGUAAUUGUAGCCUUAGGCCCCGCUGCCAAAGCGCGAGCCACCAUCACCUGUCCGAGCUCUGGGGCGAUUCACAACGCCACCAACCUUGACUCCGGCCUUCUUGAGGUCCUCCGUUCGUACGCCAGGCGUCUGCGUCGCAUGAGUGCCCCGUCCGCACGCGGCGCAGUAUUCUUGGCCACUCUCCUUGGCUCGUAGCUCUUCCACCUCUGCCUUCAGGUCCCGAACCUGGCCCUCGAGCUCCCACAGUCGGUGCUGCCAUGCUUUCCGCGCCGUGAUGAUCUGUUCCUGUAGGGCGCGAAUGACGGAGGACUGGCCUUCAUCUGCGACAGACUUGACAUCUGAGAGCUGGUCCUCAAGCUUGUAGAGAGGAGAGGGACUUCUGGGCGAGAUAACAGACGCACCAGUCGUAGGAGUCCCGGUAUCAGUGUCGAGCGAUGGUCGAGGGAAGUCAUCGGGUUCGCUGAUCUGCCCGGUGAACUCCCCGAAGUUCAUGGAGACAGGCCGAAGGCUGAGUGCGACGAAGUCGGAAGACUUGGGGUCGUCUGUAGGCAAAAGCAGACUUCUGUCACUGGCCGCUAUCUUUGGUGUCAACAGAGGACCGUUCUGGUUGUCGUUUCCCGCGACGAAAGAGCGCGAAGCAGGUGGCGGAGAAGAAGACGUCACGAUGGAGAGGCCGGGUACAUUGCGACGAGCACUAAGCUGGCGUUCGCGCACCUGUGGAGGGUUCGCACUUGGAGGUGACGAAUCCUCGUCAGAACGGGAGUCAACCGACGAGCCAGAGCCUCCCUCGGAUUCUACUACUAACGAGGGAGUCAGCGACGGACAGGCACUCUGUGGGAGGAAUAUUUGCGCGGCUGUGAUCCGAUAGAUGGAGUGGAGGUGAUGUUGACGGUCGUCGAGGAAAGAAGAUCUGCAGAGAUAGAGGGAACCGGUGGUAGAGAGGGGGGUGCUUUUUCCUUAGAGUUAAAAAGCCUCAUGAACCCGCUUUUCUUCCUCACUAUAGUCUUCGGUGGAGCCCCUACCGUGCCGGCCAAGGAGGACACACUUGGAAGAGUAGGCGUGUUGGGAAAAUCGUUGGCUGAUGUGUUCAUAGUCUUGCUCUUGGCGUGGCUGCUACUGCUCGCGGAGCGCAUCCUCGUCCAGCUCAUAGCACCCUGUGUAACUCCAGGUUCUUGAGCCCGCGCGCCUAGGGAAGGGGUAGUAUUAGAUGUGGCGGCGGUGGCGGUGGCGCUGCGAGAACGUUCACGCGCUUGGGCCUGCGCCUCCUCGAGAGAGAUGAGCUUAAUGGGGAUAGGAUUCGGGCUUUGGGGCCAGGGCGGGGUCGCGAUGGAAGGCGUAGUAAAAUCCGACCGUUCAUAGAUGGUUACCUCCUCACCGGAUUCGUCCGAGGCGCGGCCUUGCACAAAGGCGUUCGAAGUAAUUUCGAUCGGACCUAGCUGCUUUCCGCUCCUAGCUCGAGGAUAUGCGCUUGCAGAAGAUAACUCUUUGGUACCUUGCAUCGAAGAGACUGAAGUUCCCGGUGUGAGUACGGCGGACCCCUGCGAACGCGAUUGCGACAUCGUGCUCAUGGUAGUGACAGUACUGGAUUCAGUAAUCGUAGCCGAGGAUUCGCUUUGACUAACAGAAGAGGAGUGGCGAGUUGUAGAUGCCAAAGCAUGCAGUUCUUCCAGCCUACGAGCCGGAGAGGGCCCGUUCGGAUACGGGCCCACCAGAUCGGGAUUGGCGUAGGGAUGAUACUCCUGGUGGUGAUGCAAUGGUGCGGAUGGCGAUGGAGGGUCGCUAAGAGACGGUCGCGAACCAGGACGAGAGGCCUCCGAGGUCGUCGGUGACGGAACAUGCAGGCCGCGCCCAUGAGCUUGAGCCUUAAUCGAAGCUUGGUGGCGAGAGGCUGCUCGAGUGUCGAGAGGUUCGAGUUUGCCCGUGUUAGAGGGCGUGCGUGAACGAAAGCGAGUUAGAGACAACUUCUCUCUCAAGCUGCUUUGAGGAGAAGGAGACAAGACAAGAGAAGUAGAUGACAUAGAUGCCUGUGCAAGUGCUCUACGAAGUAACAUUCAGCAG